CAGGCUAUCAAGGGUAUGCACACAUGGAAAGCUACCAAGUACUUGAGGGAUGUGACCCUAAAGAAGCAGUGUGUUUCCUUCUGUCGUUACAAUGGUGGCAUUGGCAGAUAUGCCCAGGCCAAGCAGUGGGGCUGGGCACAGGGGCGUUGGCCAAAAAAGAGUGCUGAGUUCCUCCUGCACAUGCUUAAAAAUGCUGAGAGCAAUGCUGAGCUCAAGGGUCUGGAUGUAGACUCUCUGGUAAUUGAGCACAUUCAGGUUAACAAAGCUCCCAAAAUGUGCAGGCGAACCUACAGGGCUCAUGGUCGUCGCAUUAACCCCUACAUGAGUUCUCCUUGCCACAUUGAGGUGAUCCUUACAGAGAUUGAGCAAAUUGUCCCUAAGCCAGAAGAGGAAGUUGCUCAAAAGAAGAAGAUAUCUCAAAAGAAACUGAAGAAGCAGAAACUGAUGGCUCGGGAAUAAACAUCUAUUCAGUUCACAAAUAAAAAAAAA